GCCGUCAGCGAGGUAAACACUGGCACCAGCUGGAUGCAGAGGCAGUUCUCCCGCGUGGCCCGGAAUAUCCGGUACCGCAUCAGCGGCGAGGGUCGCGCCAAGCCUCCAGACUGGUUCCUGGAUAAGUUCGCCGCGCAGACCUUCACAGACCCGGAGGAACCGCUGUACCAGGCCAAGAGGUCCAAGCUGCUAUGUGGACUGAAGCUCGCUUUUGACCCGACUCUGCCAGCUCAUUAUCACUGGUUGGCCGUGGUAUCCCUCGCCAUUUUAUACAACGUGGUGUUCGUCAUUGGCCGAGCAGUCUUCUGGGAGUUGGACAACCUUACUUCUCUGUGGUUUUUCCUGGACUACUUAUGUGACGCCAUUUAUCUCAUUGACACUGUAAUACACGUGCACGAAGGAUACCUCGAACAAGGACUCAUGGUAAAGGACUCUAAGAUGCUAAGGCGCCACUAUUUGAAAUCUGACUCUUGGAGAUAUGAUUUGAUAUCGUUAUUGCCUACUGAUAUUGCAUAUUACUGGUGGCGGCCUGGAUCUUGCGAUUCCAAACGUUUGCCGUGCCCUGUUAUUGUACGACUCAAUCGGCUAUUCCGCUUGCCUCGAAUGUGGGAGUGGUUCGAUCGAACUGAGACAGCAACAAGUUAUCCUAACGCGUUCAGGAUAUGCAAGGUCGUCAUGGCAAUACUUGUCCUGAUACAUUGGAAUGCAUGUCUAUAUUUCGCUAUAAGCUACGCCAUAGGAUUCGGAUCUGACAACUGGGUUUACAACCUCACCGGCCCCCGAAACGAGAGUCUCGCCCAUCAGUACAUCUACAGCUUUUAUUGGUCCACGCUAACGCUCACCACGAUCGGAGAAACCCCACAGCCAGAAAUCGAUGCCGAAUAUUUAUUCGUAGUUGCAGACUUCCUAGCUGGUGUUCUGAUAUUCGCUACGAUUGUUGGAAACAUAGGUUCCAUGAUCUCUAAUAUGAAUGUAGCACGGGUCGAAUUUCAAAAUAAAAUGGAUGGCGUCAAACAAUACAUGGCUUUUAGGAAAGUUAGUGGUGAACUUGAGGCUCGUGUCAUUAGAUGGUUCGCAUACACAUGGGCUCAGAGCGGAGCACUGGAUGAGGAGAACGUGCUAUCAUCUUUGCCAGAUAAACUGAAAGCAGAAAUCGCAAUCCGCGUUCACUUGGAUACCUUAAGGAAAGUACGCAUAUUUCAAGACUGCGAGCCGGGACUUUUGGAAGCUCUAGUGCUUAAAUUAAGGCUUCAAGUAUUCAGUCCUGGAGAUUACAUAUGCCGAAAAGGUGAUGUUGGAAAAGAGAUGUACAUUGUCAAACGGGGCAGACUCCAAGUGGUGGCUGAUGAUGGCAAAACUGUUCUUGCGACAUUAAGCGCUGGUUCUGUUUUCGGAGAGGUCAGUGUUUUAGAAAUUGCUGGAAACCGCACUGGAAAUCGACGCACAGCCAAUGUUAGAGCCUUGGGAUAUUCGGACUUGUUUUGUUUGGCAAAACGAGACUUGUGGGAGGCUCUAGCUGACUACCCAGACGCUAGAGCCACACUUACUGAACGAGGAUGUCAACUUUUGCGAAAAGACGGACUUUUAGACGAGAAUGUUUUCGAAAAUGCCCAAACAACUCAACAAAGUUUGGAGGAAACUGUUCACAAACUUGAAAAUACUGUUGACAUGUUAAACAACCGCUUGCAAGGUUUACUGUCUGACGUCGGUGAAGAACAGGAAAAAAUUAAACAAAGGAUCAAUAAAAUUGAAGGCAGGAUGCUAGACAUUGAAGACGACGAAACGGAUUCUGAUGACGUUACAUCCAUGGGAGCCCCUGAAUUGAGAAGUGAAAUAGCUAGAGUGUGUGAAGCGUCUGGGUAUAGCGAAAUGCCCAUAAGUUCAACACACGACACAUCGAUGUUUCUCCUCAGCAACCCCAUACCAGUGAGGGAGCGAGGGCGCUCCCUCUGCGUGGAGAGAACUCCUGGAGGACUACUACAGCUUGGUCUGGAGCCACGAAGCAAAUCCCUGCGUUUGAAGAGAAUAAACAAAGAUACGACAAAGUGAAAUAAUAGUAGAUAGUAAAGACAAUAAAAUCUGUGCGCAUUUGCCGAUUCAAACAUUAUUGUUUUGUAAAAAAUGUUAUUUUUGAUACACAUUUUACAAUACCCAAUGAAUUCACAUUCGACGAGGGAGAUGAAGGUUUUUAAAAUAUGUUGUUUUUAUAAAUUGAAAUCUAUUUUUCCCUAAGUGUAUUAAUUAAGUAUUUAUGAAAUUUCUCAGAAUAGUUUUAUUAACUGUACAGUCAUCGCAAUAUUUAUGUAGCAUAGAUUAGUAGAUCCUACAGUUUUAUUUACAAUACUUUUGUACUUGUUAUUUAAUGUAUUUUCUGGUUUCAUACAACAUAUACUUGUUAGACACUAUACUCGUCAGUUACAUAGUAUUUGAAGAAUAUAGAGCCGUUAGAAAAUAUUCAUAAUCUCUUCAUAUUUAAGGCGUUGACUGUACAUACUUGUAUUGUUAGAUUUAGAAAAUAUUAAGCAAAAUGUGCGUCAAUGGCAUGCGGCUUUAAGAAGGAAUAUUGUUAAAGAUUUGAUCAUGAAAGUAUAUGUGAGAUGGCGAUGAUUUUAUAUGGAGACUUAGAAACCAAAUAAAUGUGUAA